AAAUUUAAUUUAGUUGCACAAUGAUUAUUGUCUAUAUUUUGGGAAGUUUUUUGUUAACGAUAUCGUAUACAACUUGCUACGUCAUAAAUUCCGAUCGGUAUGGUUUGGGCUAUAUCAAUUCAAACCAAGAUGCAGAAACAAAUCCUUACAACUUUUAUGUAGAAAACAAUAAACCGUCACCUUAUUUACCAGUAAACUAUAUGGUACCUUAUGCACCAGUAUACUAUGUGGUACCUAGUUAUUUUCAUAACUAUAUGUUUACUUCAGAUUUGAGUGUAAAUAGAAAUGAACCCAAAACAAGCGCAGUUGUAGAUGAUAGCCACAUUCUAGAUGUUGCCAGGAUCAACUAUGACAAAAACCCAGAAAAUCAUAAAAAUUUAUACACUGCAAAAGAUGACAAUGCAGAUAGUUUGAAUGAAAAAUGGAAAAGAUUUUUUAUAAGACAUGACCAGGGACCUUUGCUCAUCAAUGCAGAUAUAUCAUUUGUCCCGUCAGAAGAUACAAAUCAUGAAAACUAUCAAAAGAAUUUAAGCUAUGAGGAAGACACAGCAAAUGGUAUUAAUAAUACACCUAACGAAGAUAUUUUUAAAAACACGCCCAAAAUUCUAGGUAAUCAAGGGAAUGCUGCUAACGAAAAUUUGGCAAAAGAUUCUGAAAAUGAUGUAGAUAGAGUACAGUCUAGCUUACAAUCCACACAAGAUGCGGAACUACCCCAAACAAUUGAACCUUUAGACCAUACAUUCUCAACUAAAGAUAAAGUAAGUACCGAGUUAGAUAACGAAAACGAAUCACAAGAAAAAAACUUAAAAAAAUCCACAUCAAAUAAAAGAGGUAUUAGAAACAUACUUUUAGGAGCAUUAAGGUCAGCCGUCAAGUCACUCCUCGGAGAGGAUAUAUAUGACGGCAUCGAAACUCUAUUUAAAAAGAGAAGUCUCAGAAAUUUAGUGGGGCUACUAGAAGACAUUGAACAAGAAUCAACUAUAAAUACUACACCUGUAGGUAAACAAUUAGAUAAACCAGACAUAUCCAAAGAAAGUAACCUUAAAGAAAAAGUUGAAACAAAUACGAGAUCUAUUGGAACAUUAAGUAACCCAAUCAAAAAAAUAUUUAAAAAGAGAAGUCUUAUAGAUUUAAUGAGGCAACUGAAAGACUUCGAAGAGGAAUCUAUUAUAGAUACCAUUUUAUCAGAUGCAGAGUUAUAUAAACAUAAUGAAUUUCAACAAAACAACCUUGAAAAAAAAGUCGCGGUCAAUACAAGGAUUCUCUCACUAAUGCAUAUGUUUCUAACAUUCGUCGGCUCAGGUGUAAGUGACCUUUUAAAAAAUGCAUUUAAAACGAGAAGUGUUACAGAUUUACUGAGGCUAGUGAAAGACUUCGAAGAAGAAUCUACUAUAGAUACCUUUCUAUCAGAUGCAGAGUUAGAUAAUCAGGAUGUAAAUAACCUUGAAAAUAAUGUCAUGAUCAAUACAAGGGGUAUUGGUUCAUUCUUUAUGGGUAUAUUCCAAUCAAUCGUCGACGCAUUUGUGGGUGAAGGUGUACAAAAACUAUAUGGCGACAGAAGUUUUAAAGAUUUACUGAGGUCAUUGGAAGACUUCGAUGAGGAACCUAUUAUAGAUACCAUUUUAUCAGAUGCAGAGUUAUAUAAACAUAAUGAAUUUCAACAAAACAACCUUGAAAAAAAAGUCGCGGUCAAUACAAGGAUUCUCUCACUAAUGCAUAUGUUUCUAACAUUCGUCGGCUCAGGUGUAAGUGACCUUUUAAAAAAUGCAUUUAAAACGAGAAGUGUUACAGAUUUACUGAGGCUAGUGAAAGACUUCGAAGAAGAAUCUACUAUAGAUACCUUUCUAUCAGAUGCAGAGUUAAAUAAUCAGGAUGUAAAUAACCUUGAAAAUAAUGUCAUGAUCAAUACAAGGGGUAUUGGUUCAUUCUUUAUGGGUAUAUUCCAAUCAAUCGUCGACGCAUUUGUGGGUGAAGGUGUACAAAAACUAUAUGGCGACAGAAGUUUUAAAGAUUUACUGAGGUCAUUGGAAGACUUCGAUGAGGAACCUAUUAUAGAUACCAUUUUAUCAGAUGCAGAGUUAUAUAAACAUAAUGAAUUUCAACAAAAUAACCUUGAAAAAAAAGUCGCGGUCAAUACAAGGAUUCUCUCACUAAUGCAUAUGUUUCUAACAUUCGUCGGCUCAGCUGUAAGUGACCUUAUAAAAAAUGCAUCUAAAACGAGAAGUGUUACAGAUUUACUGAGACUAGUGAAAGACUUCGAAGAAGAAUCCACUAUAGAUAACAUUCUAUCAGGUACUGAGUUAAAUAAUCAGGAUGAAUCUCAAGAAAAUAACUCAAAAAAAAAAUCUACACAAUUGGGUGCAGAGUUAUAUAACCAAGAGAGCACCAUGAAAAAAAUAUCCACGACAGGUACAAGAUCGAUUCUAGCACUUUUAUCUUUUAUAGGAUUCACAGUAUCAAAGUUUCUAGCUGGAACAUUUGUAUAUGCAGCUGAGUCCGCAGCGGGUUCCAUGAUGUAUGAAGGUAUUAAAAAAUUGAUUACUUUGAGUAAAGAAAGAUCCACUAUAAACACGACAAAUCCAAGGUCUAUUCUAGGAAUUAUAGGAGGAGCGGUCAAGGAAGUAGUUAAGAAUACAGCUCAGAAUGCUAUAGGUCAGACGAUAUGGGAAGGGAUUAAAAAUAUAUUUAAAAAAAGGACUCUUAGAACUUUAGUGAGGCUUUUAGAAGACACCAAUAAAAAAUUUACUAUAAACACGACAAAUCCAAGGUCUAUUCUAGGAAUUAUAGGAGGAGCGGUCAAGGAAGUACUUAAGAAUACAGCUCAGAAUGCUAUAGGUCAGACGAUAUGGGAAGGGAUUAAAAAUAUAUUUAAAAAAAGGACUCUUAGAACUUUAGUGAGACUAUUGGAAGACAACUUAGAAAAACCCACUAUAAACACAAGAAUAAAGAAUGUACUUCCCGUAGGUUGGAUUCUAACACCAUCUAGUUUUCUGACUGGAAGACCUGUGAAGUUCAUAAAAGACACAGGUAUAUAUGAAACUAGCAAUAUUGAUGAUAAUAAAAACUGGGAAGAGUUUGUCCUAAACAAACAUUUUAUAGAUGAAAAAGGUUUAUUUAAUGUAGAAGUAAACUCGAAUUCAAACGAACGUGAACAUACGCUAAAGAUAAAAGUCAACCAUAAGUCUCCAGAAAAAAUUUUUUUAGUAGAUAUUGAUAAAUAUAUUUACGAUAUCUAUAAAACAUUUAAAGAUAUAAAUAAACAUUCCAAAAAAGACAAGAAAACUACUAGAGUGAGGCGUAACCUGCAAAGCAUAGAUUCGGUUGGUCUUCGUGACAAUUUAGAACAGCUCAAUAAUCCUAAUGAUAUUGGAAAUGAAGACAAUAUUUUAAGGGAACCUUGUUUAUAUGAACCAUUUAAAAUUGAUAAUAAUGUGCUACAGCAGAUAUUUUUUAACAUACUGUAUUUAAACAAACAUCUGGAAGACUUAAAUUGGUUUGAACGAAGGGAAAUUAAACCAUUAUUCUUAAAAUAUGUUCAAAGUUUGGCAAAUACAUAUUUGUCACCAGAUAUGAAAAUCGAUUUGUACAAUUUACGUAACUACAUAACAGCAGGAUAUCUAAAUAAUUUUUAUUUUGGCAUAAAAGAACCAACUGUUUUAGAAGUGAUCCACGAAUUGAUGAACACUGUUAACAACAUAAUCUUCAAACAUCAAAAUGACAGAGAAAUGUUGAAACUAAUAGAUGAACAGAAUGACAGACAUGGGAAGAUUAAUUUCGUUAUAGUCAAACGUUUUAAAUUCGGGAAUAGUUCAUUAAUAUUGAAAAUUAUAUCUAGUUCUAAAGAACAACAUACAGUGGAUAUAGAGCUUAUCCAUACAUCAGCUGAACCAUUUUCUACCAGGGAAGUUAUAAAUAAAUAUUUAAGACGCACCUUUAAAACAUUUAAACACCCAAAAGAGCCUCUUCAAAAAAUAAAGGAACUUAUGAAAAAUUUACUCGACAGUAAAAAGCUUGAUCAACUUACUAACCUUAUAAAAAAGGAUCCAGGCAAUCUAAAGGACAAAUCGCCCAAUAAAAAUAAUGAUAAUGAGUUUAAACCAAGUUCAAACAAUGAAAAUGAGGUUAAACCAUUCGAAGACUUUAUUGAUGACAAAUUCCUGGACCUGGAAAGAGAAGAACACAACUUCUUCAGCGAAUCCUCUGAAAACGAAUCAAUUUUUACAACAGACGAUAUGUCAUUUCGUGAAACAAAUGUGAAACAAAUACUUUCCAAAUUACUACCUACAAACACAAUACUGAAGGAUAUUAAUGCAUUUAAGCAAAAACACUUUGAGUCGCCUUUAAAUGAUAAAAAAAGAAAAAAUGUUAAUCAUUUAUUAGAAAAAAUGAAGAAAGCCUUGAAAAAACUACAAUUUUAUCUUUUUUUUCGCGAAACAAAAAUUGAUAGUUUAGAAGAUAUCAUUGAACCUGACGAUAAUGAAGAAAAUUUAUACAAAUAUUUACAGAGCUUUCAAAAGCCUUUCCAAGAUUCCAUACAAAACGAUGCUGAACAGAUACCAGACAACCUGGAAGAUCAAGAACAACUUACACUUAACGUGAACACACUAGAUCAACUUGUCCAACUUCAAGGAAAUUAUCUGAAUAGUUUAGACGAUAGGUUUCAAGCAAUCGCACUUUUCAACGAUAAUUCUUUAAAACAACCGUUCCAAGAAGAAGUAAAAGGACCACAGCAUAAUCUGUUGAAAAAUGUACUUUCUAAACUACAGCAAAUAAAUAAACUAAUGAAGAUUCUCAAUGUAAUAAAACAAAAACGGUUUCAAUCACAUUUAAAAGACGAUGUUAGACACCAUAUUAUUGACGUGUUCGGAAACAUGAAGAGAGUUUUAUCGGAACUAAAAACAUAUGUUGGUGAGGACAAAUAUAUACCAUUACCAAAUGGCGAUAACAUACAAGACAAUCUUGGUAAUCCAGAAGAUCAAAAAAGUCAACAACAAACUCGAGUUGACGUUAAUCAAAUGGAUAAACUUCUUCGUCUUCAAGAGAGCUAUGCAGAUAGUUUACAAGGAAUAUUUGAAGCCGAAGGAAUCCAUACCGAAAAUAUAGACGAUGAAGAUUUAAACAGAUCAUUCAAAAAUGAGAGCUCUAUUGAAAAGCCAUCACAAAACGAUAAUAACACUCUGCAAGAUACGGAAGACCAAAAAGAAAAUCCAAUCGACGUAAACAUAUUAGAUCAACUCAUUGGUGUUCAAGAACGUUACGUAGAUAGACUGUACGAUAUGUUUGAGGCCGAACAACUUUAUGUUGAGAAACAUACUAAUAAUGACUUCGAACAACAAUCUUCUGGACGAAAAGGAAUACUUUCCACAAGACAAAAUAUAUUGGAACACAUAAUUCCGAAAGUGACAUACAUAAACCAUCAGCUGAUCGAUCUAACCGAAUUAAAACAAAAAGAUCUGGUCUCACCUAUAAAUGGAAACAAUGUUGACACAAUUACUGACUUACUAGAAAAUAUGAAAAAUAUUUUAGAAGAAUUAAAACAAUACAUGGGAGCUACAAAAUACUCGUUCGACUCUCUAAUAAGAGACAAAACUUUGGCAGAUAAUACCAUAGAUAACCAACAAGCUAUGAAAGAUCAGGCACAAAACAUAUUGGAACUAGAUAAAAUAGAUCAAUUUAUUCGAAUUCAACUAAGUUACGCAGACAGUUUAGAAGAUCUGAUUCAUGUCGAAGAUCGCCAGAAUGACGAAAAUAUGGAAGACGACUUAAAAAAACUCCCCCAAGGAGGAAGUUUUGAUAAGAAUAAUACGAAGUCUCAUCUCGAAAGCGAUGUUAAAUAUUUACCAUUAAAUUUGCAAAAUGAAGAAAAACAUUUACGUGACCUGAAAGUAAUAGAUCAGCUUCUGAAACUACAACACAGUUACUUAGAUAGUUUAGACGAUAUGUUACAGGAUGAAGAACUUGGUCACGAUGAAGACAAUGUAAAACAAUCCUCCCAAAAUGCAACCACCUACGACAAUAAAAUGUCUUCAGAAAAAGAUGUUGAACAAAAACCUAGAAAUAUGGGAAUUCAACAACCACAUCUACUUGACGUAAAUACGAUAGAUCAAUAUCUACAACUUCAAGACAACUAUAAUAGAUUAGGUGAUAUAUUGGCUGAAGUAGAAUUAGAUAAUGACCAAUAUCAUGAUGAUUUACCACAACCAGUUCAAGAUAUGAGUUCCCAUAAAAAAGUCGACAAAUUGCUACUUAGUCCUAAAGGAAAAAUUUUAGUAAAAGAACAUGUGUUAAAAGAAAUACUUUCAAUGCUAACACAAAUAAACCAAUUACUAAACGAUCCUAAAUCAUAUAAACAAAAAAAAACUAAGACACCGCAGAAACAUACACGAUUAAGAACUGCUUUUAUAUCAGAUCACCAGAAAACUUCGCCUUUAAAACAUGAUGCUGAGAAAAAAACAAAAAGUUCAGAAAAUAAACAAUUAGAAAAUAACAAAAAAGAUAAACCGAAGCUCACAGCAAAUAACAAUGACAAUAAAACUUUAGAAGAUGAUGCUGAGAGAAAAACAAAAAGUGCAGAAGAUAAAAACACAGAAGAUAACAAAAAAGAUAAGUUCGCUGCAAAUGGCGAUGACAAUAAAACUUUAGAACAUGAUGUUGGGAAAAGAACACAAAGUAUAGAAGAUGAAAAAAUAGAAAAUAACAAAAACGAUAAACUGAAACUCCCUGCUAAUAGAAAUGACAAUAAAACUUUAGAAGAUGAAGCGGGAAGAAAAACACCAAGUGCACAAGAUGAAAAAAUAGAAGAUCACAAAAAAGAUAAAUUGAAGCUCAGUGCAAAUAGCAAUGAUCAUAAAACUUUAGAAGAUGAUGCUGAGAGAAAAACAAAGAGUGCAGAAGACAAAAACACAGCAGAUAACAAAAAAGAUAAGUUGUCGUCCGCUUCAAAUGGAGAUAACAAUAAAACUUUAGAACAUGAUGUUGAGAAAAGAACACAAAGUGUAGAAGAUGAAAAAAUAGAGGAUAACAAAAACGAUAAAUUGAAGCUCACUGCUGAUCAAAAUGGCAAUAAAACUUUAGAAGAUGAAGCGGAGAGAAAAACACCAAGUGCACAAGAUGAAAAAAUAGAAGAUAACAGAACACAUAACUGGAGGCUGAUUGAAAAUCCCGAUGACAAUAAAACUUUAGACCAUGACGCUGAGAAAAAAACACAAAGUGCAGAAGAUGAAAAAAUUGAAGAUAGCAAAAACGAUAAGUUGAAUCUCAGUACAAAAAUCAAUGACAUAACUUUAGGAGAUAAUGCUGAGAGCAGUACACAAAAUGUAGAAGAUGAAAAACUGAAGAAUAACAAACAAGAUGAAAAAUUAGAAGUUAACGCAAAACACAAACCAACGUUAGCUACACAUAGCAAUGAAAAUAAAACUUUAGAAGAUGAAGUCGAGAAAAAAAUACAAAGUGUAGAUGAUAAAAUAAUAAAAGAUAACGAAAAACAUAAAUUCAGGAUGAUUGAAAAUACCAACGACAGUAACACUUUAGAAAAUAUCGGUGAUAAAAAUCUAGAAAAUCUAAAAGACCAAGAACUAGAUCAGAACAAAAAAGAAGAGUUUAUGGCAAAUACCAAUAAGACUAAUACUUCUAUAAAUGGCGACGAUGAAAACCAAAAAAAAUUGGAAGACGAAGAAAUACAACCUGGUGAAAAAGAGAAUAAUGUCGGUGAUGCAAAACCAGAAAAUCGAGAAAACAAAGAAUUAGAACCCAAUGAAAAAAAUGAAGUUAUACUUGUAACAAAUAACAAUGAUACUAAUACCAAUAAGACUAAUACUUCUACAAAUGGCGACGAUGAAAACCAAAAAACAUUGGAAGACGAAGAAAUACAACCUGGUAAAAAAGAGAAUAAUGUCGGUGAUGCAAAACCAGAAAAUCGAGAAAACAAAGAAUUAGAACCCAAUGAAAAAAAUGAAGUUAUACUUGCAACAAAUACCAAUGAUACUAAUACCAAUAAGACUAAUACUUCUACAAAUGGCGACGAUGAAAACCAAAAAAAAUUGGAAGACGAAGAAAUACAACCUGGUAAAAAAGAGAAUAAUGUCGGUGAUGCAAAACCAGAAAAUCUAGAAAACAAAGAAUUAGAACCCAAUGAAAAAGAUGAAGUUAUACCUGCAACAAAUACCAAUGACACUAAUACUACAAAUAAUAAUGGAAAUAGAACACCAGAAACUCUUGACAAGGAAGAAUCAGAACAUAAUGAAACAGAAGAAUUUAUAAAAAAUAAUAAGACUAACACUUUAAAAGAUCCUGACGAUGAAAAACAAGAAAAUUUUAAAGACGAAGAAAAUGAACCUGAAUUACAAGAGGAUAUUGAUGGUGAAGAAACACCAGAAAAUUUGGAAAACAGAGAAUUGGAACAUAAUGCAAAUGUGACGACUACCAAUGACACUAACACUGUACACAAUAAUGAUAGCGUAGAACAGCAAAGAGCAGAUCAAAUUUUGUCUAAAGCAAAUAACAACAAAACUAACACUGUAAAAAACGAUGCUGACAAAGAAGAUCAAAAUGUAGAAGACCAAGAACUAGGAGAUAAUGAAAAACAUGAAGUUAUACCUGAGGUAAACAAUAAAGAUGAUAUUGAGAAAAAAUUAAAAAAUACAGAAGAUAAAGAGAUAGAAGAUGACAAAAGCGAUAACUCUGUAUCUGCAGCAAAUAUCAAUGGCACUGACACACUAAAAAAUGAUAUGGCAAAUAAACUACAAAACGACAAAGUAGUAGAAAAAAAUAUUAAUGUUACCAAUACUUUAGGAAACCAUGCUGAAAAAAACCCUCACAACCUUGGGGACAAAGAACUAGAAGAUAAUAACCAAGAUGAAUUAUUACAUGGGAAAAACGCAAUUGCAGAAGCAAUAACACCAAGCUCAAGAACUUCUCUUAAACCGAAAAGUAAAAUUAGGAAUAUGCAUGAUAAAAAAAAGACUAAAAGCAGAAAUGGUAAGUUAAACAAAAAUAAAAGCAAAGAUGAAGAUAAACCCAAAAAAGGAAAUGUAAGAAAGGAAAAACAAACGUAUAAAGAGAAUGGAAAAAAAUCUAAAAAUAAAAAUAAUACUACUGUACGAAACCUAGGUCUUCCACCCCAAGUAGAGAUAGAACACGAUAACCCUUCCUCGGAACUUACAAAUCUAGAAGACUCGGUAAAUAUCCAAUCGUCAGAUGAGAAUAAACUAUCAGAAACGACAGUACUCAAACCAGAACUCCCCGUAACCCACACUGAGCCUCCACCACCAAUCGAAAACAGAUCGCAAUCGAAUGUGACUCAAGGAAGUCAAACUAUGGAAACGCAAAAACCACCUGAUACAAUUGAUUUCAAAAUUUUUCGGGAAACUGAAAAUGGGACCAAAUCGACAACUGAUUAUAAAUAA